GGCGCCACGCACUGUAAGCUACAACGGCACUUCCGGUCCCGCUGCCCUCAGCGAAGAUGGCGGCGGUGGAGAAGCGGCGGCCGGCGGUGGCUCCGGCGGCCAGUUUCACGGACAGCGGCCGGCCGGCGGUGUCCCGAACAGCGGCACCGGCCGACAGCGAGGAGGACUUCCUGCGGCAGGUCGGCGUGACGGAGAUGCUGCGCGCGGCCCUGCUGAAGGUGCUGGAGGCGCGGCCCGAGGAGCCGAUCGCCUUCCUGGCGCACUACUUCGAGAACAUGGGCCUGCGCUCGCCUGCAAACGGCGGCGCCGGGGAGCCCCCGGGUCAGCUCCUGCUGCAGCAGCAGCGCCUGGGCCGCGCGCUGUGGCACCUCCGCCUGGCUCACCACUCCCAGAGGACAGCCUUCAACAACAACGUCAGCGUGGCCUACGAGUGCCUGAGCGCCAGCGGGCGCAAGAAGAAGCCGGGGCUGGACGGGCGCACCUACAGCGAGCUGCUCAAGCGCAUCUGCCGGGACGGGGAGGCUCCCGAGGAGGUCGUGGCCCCCCUGCUGCACAAGAUCCAGUGCCGGGACCAUGAGGCCGUGCCGCUGGACGUCUUCCGCGCCGGCAUGCUCACCUGCUUCGUGCUCCUGGAGUUCGUGGCGCGGGCCAGCGCCCUGUACCGGCUGCUGGAGGACCCGGCCCUGGCUGUGGCUGACCGCCGGGUGGGCCAGGCCGUGCUGGACACGCUGGAGGGGGCCCUGCAGGCCAGCGACGGGGCCCCGGUGCCUGCCCACUACCUGGAGGCUGGAUCGCGCCUGGGCCCCGACAGCCUGGCGCUGGCCAUGGACCGCGCCCUGGUGGCCCGGCGGCCCAGCUCCCCGAUGACCCGGGAGGAGUUCCUGGAGAAGGCCGCCGCCCUCUUCAUCGCCAAGGUCAAGCCCGUGGCCUGAGCCCGCACACCUCACCGCCCCCUCCCGCACCCACAGCGAGGUCGCAGCCGCGGGUCGCUGAUGCGGGUCUGGGACUGGGGUAUGCCCGCGGGCAAGGGCCGGGCAGGGAGCCCCCCACCCCCUCCACCCUGACAUCGCGCCCCAGCCCCGUCGGGGAGCCUCGGGUCCCAGGAAGUGGGCACCCCCACCCCCACAAAGGCCCCUCCUCCCGCUGGUAAUAAAAUCUGUUCCCAGGCCGAG